CCCAGUACUUGCUGAUGGGCAUAAAAUUCUUCAAAAUGCCUUUAUGUAGAGUUCUUCUAUUGCUGGGUGCCAUUGUUUCAACUGAACAGGUUGCGGUUACUUCUGUAAGCAAUACAAGUGGAACUCUUGAUGCCAAUGGAGUAUGUCGGUGUGCUGUAUACCUUCCAGAUGAACCAUUUCCAGUUGACAGAUUUGAAAAGCUUGAAAUUUUAUCAGUUUCUUUAUCAUCAUCAGUGCAACAGGAAAUUUCAAAGAUCCAACAGUACACAUCUAAAAUGUAUGCUUAUGAGCAAAGAUUACAAAAUCUAACUGCACGUGUGCAGACCAUAGAAAGAGGUGACAUUUCCUUCACUGAGUUGGACUUCGAGCUACUCAGAAUUGAAAUUGCACAGAUGGAAUCUCUGGUCACUCAGCUGAAGACCAGUGUUUCUGACAGCAAUGGCAUUAUUAGUCAACUUUACACAGAGAUCAGAAACAUGAGUACCACCAUUGCAAGUUUGGAAACAAUGGAUAAAAACAAUGUUGUUUCUCUACGUCGUGAAAUUCUUUCUCUGAAGAAGAGAUUGCAGGAUUGUGAUACACUGAAAAACCAGACCAUCUUUUCUGCAAAUAGCCGCCCAAUUGUUUAUGAAAAAUGCAACCAUGGGACAAUUUCAAAUGUCAGUCAGCCAUUUGUGGUACAAUUGAACUGGAGGGGAUUUUCAUACAAAGCUGGUGCCUGGGGAAGAGAUCCUGAACCUGUGUCCCCAAAGAAAGAACUUUACUGGCAAGCCCCUCUGAAUACAGAUAUGGUAUAUAUGCAGUGGUAUAGGUACUACUUAUCUUAUGAUGAUUUCCUUCUCUAUAGAAGUCCAGCAGAGAAAAGUAUUGCAUACGGUCAAGGCAGUGGUAUGGUUGUAUUUAAGAACCAUUUGUAUUACAACUGUUACAAUACAAGAGAUGUUUGCAAGCUUGAACUGGACACAAACACAAUAACAGUAAGGAAAACAAUCACAAAUGCUGCCUUUAAUAACAGAUUUUCCUAUUCAACCCCCUGGCAGGAUAUUGAUGUUGUUGUAGAUGAAAGUGGAUUGUGGGUCAUCUAUGCAACUGAAGAAAGUACCGGUAACAUUGUGAUUAGUAAACUGAAUGAGACUACAUUGAACAUUGACAGAACCUGGGUAACCAAGCAGUAUAAGCCUUCAGUCAGCAAUGCAUUUAUUGUGUGUGGUGUUCUGUAUGCUACCAGGACAGUUAACACCAGGCAGGAGGAGAUAUUCUACAUGUAUGACACAAAGACUGAACAGGAGAGUAGGAUUAGUGUGACAUACAACAAGGUGAUGGAGUAUAUCUAUGGUGUCAACUACAAUCCUAAAGAUCAUAAACUUUAUGUGUAUAAUGAUGGAUAUCUUCUCACCUAUGACCUCAACUUUUAUAAUACUGUCUAGAAGUGUUGCGAGACUCAGGCAUAUAAAAUAAUUUGUUUAGCGUAUAGAAAGCUAUAGUUUUACAUAACUGGUGCCUAUGCAUUUUAUAAUUUACUGCUUUGUAUCAUAUCAUGAAGUAAGUCAAUACCAAUUAUUUUCUCCCAAUAUGAUUUUUUAAAUUACAGAAAUGAUGCCCAACACAUACAGAAUGUACAAUAUAUACUGUUGCCCUAUACCUAAUCUAAUAAAUAUAUUAGGACAUGCAAAAUAA